ACCUCAAUCAAGAAAUAGAGACUCAAGGAAUACUGUGGACAAAGCAUAUAUAAAGAAUGGCCAACUGUAACAGCAAAGCAGCAGCAUUGUUUCUUGACAUGGCGCUGGUUCUUUCUUUCAUUCUCGUCAUUAACGUGGCUGAGGGCAGAUUAAUCCUCAUUGGGUUUGGGCUGCUACCAAAGAGCUCAGGGCCACAUUGUGUCUCUGUCUAUGGUGCUGUAAAGGGUGACACUUGUUUCAGCGUUGCUUAACCAUUCAAUCUGACUUCCGAUUUCUUCAGUGAGAUCAAUCCCAAUCUUGAUUGUGACAAGAUCUUUAUUGGGCGAUGGCUCUGCAUUAACGGCUCUGUUUGAAUUUGAGUCGCAGGCUCGCAGCCACAUUCAUUGAAUCAGUGAACUUGGCAAAAGCAAUCCUCGAAUUAAUCAAAAGUCAAAGUUUUU